UUGGGAGGAUUCCUUGUUCUUUGGAUGUAGAAGUAAGAAAAGUAUGGGGUGGAGGGCUUCAAGUGCAUGAUAUUGUUUUGUUUUUAAGACGGUGGUCAAAGUAGUGAAAAUUAAAUAAUAAAACAGAGAAGUGAACAGGAGGAAAGAAAUAGGUGGGAUUUACUUCAUUUUUUCUUUUCCUUCUGAAUGUUUCUCUAUCAUCAAGGUAUUAUUGCGAAAAGCAAUAAAGAUGGAGUCUCCCAUGAAUAUUUAUGAAAUUACUUCCGAAAACGACAGUUCUUCGGAUCCUGAAUUUGAAGACUACUUUGAAUUGAACGAAAAUUUCACACAUCUAACAAAUUUGAUCCGACUCCAAUAUUUCACUUAUAUUAAGCAAAUAAUCCAUAAAAACUACGCAGAAUGGAGGAAACAUCAAACGGAUAACAAAAUAAGAAUAAUAUCCGACGAGUAUCUAGAGAAAUGUGCAGCAUAUUAUGAGCAACGUGCGGUUCGAUACUGUAUGGUGGUUCAGCUCUAUAGAAAGUAUAUGCUUCGAAUUAUCAGCGAAAUACGUCGCGAAACAGCUUGUUGUGAACUUAUAUCAAAAUUGAAACAAAGCCUUUCGAAUGUCAAACCGGAAAAGGAUGAGGACAAAUUACACAUACACAUCAAGCACGAGCAACUAAAUGGUAGUCAAGAGAAGUUCCCUAAUAAAAACUUGCAGGCAACUAUCGCGCCAUCGCAGGAUAGAAGCUGUCAAGAUGAAACCAAAAACAUUUUCCCGAUAGUCACAAUAAUUACAGAGCGUAACUGUGAAAAUAAUAAUGAAUCUUCUCAAUCGAAAUGCAAUGGUGAUACAACCGCUGAUUAUUUACAUAAUAGAACUGCAAAAGAAUGCACCCUUCUAGCCAAUAAUUCCAGUUUAGUGCCUUACGGAUCAGAUGAUAACAGUUCACAAGAUUCACCGCCGUGCAAAUCACCAAAUGGUUUACAAACGAACAAUAAUGAAGACAAUUGUAGCAAAGAACCCCUUGACACGCCAUAUGAAUCUCUUUCUUUACAAGAAAAAAUUCAAAGGUUCCAAGAAACUCUUAACAAAAAACAGCCUGUCGAAAAUCCAAAGCGAUCAAAUUUAAAACGGAAAAAGUCAAUUCAGGCUCAUCAGAAACACAUUGUGCACAGAAAACUAUCUGUUUCACAGCCAAUAUCGCCGGUAUCGACUUCUUCUGAGGAUGAACUUGCUCAAGAUUCUGACCAUGAUCCCAUCGCAAAAGACUUGGAAAUGCUUUUCGGUGAAGAUAAAAACUCGAAUGACAUCGAGGAUAUUUUUGGCGACAGUACCUACAAUGCUGACAUCGCAUUGGUUCUGCGUGAAAUUGAACUAUCGAAUGUAACAGGCAAUGAAAAAUCUGCUUCUAAAACGAAGACAUGCCUCAGUACUAAACCUGCAGCUAAAUUGGAGAAGAAAAACAAGCGUUACAGACUAAAACCUUUGGUUUGUGAUUUAAGACAGAGUCUAUGGCCGUGCGAGCUUCACAUGUGGAAGCAACGGUUACGAGAAACAUUGAGUCAAUUGGCUGAUGCCAAUAUACGCCAUCACGAUCAACUACGCGAACGUUUUCUUCUUCUGUUCGGUGAAGACAGUGAAGAUGAAUUUGCUCCAUACAGUCCAAGCCUCGAGCUGAAUCAAGUGUUGAUAUCGAGCUGUAUGAAACGUGUGGCCCCGAUAAUUGUGAAGUAUUUGAUGCAUCCCAUGAAUGAAGGCUUGAUUGCCAACAGGUACUUGUUUAAGAGGCUGGCAAAAAAGUUUGCUUUUAAUAUUGUAAUGUCCGAUCAAUAUGCAGAUGAAGAAUUUAUCAAAGAGGAAAUAGAUAUGUUUUUCUGCACGGGUCGGAGAGUUGAAAAUCUUUCAGACAUAGAAAGCAUUUAAUUUAAAAUUCAGAAAAUUUAAUCAAUUUUAUUUUCAGUAUUUGUGUUAUAAGACUGAAAGUUGUCACUAUUAAGUUCCAGGUUAAUACCACGUUAUAGUUGGCGGAAUGAAUUCGAACAAACUGAUCUUAUUUUCUAGUCUAUGCUAUUUUCGUGUGAGAAAAUAAGCAAAAACAUUAUAUCAUGUUAGCAUUGAAAAUUUUUUCAUUAAACAGUUAUCCAUUG